AGGUCAAUUUUUUGAUUAUUAUAUUUGAUAAAUUUUACUAAAUGAAGUCUUCAAUUACUUUUUAGGUUUUUUAUGUAGCGCCUAUUCUAUGUAUUGUAUUAUAAUUCCAGUCUUAUUGCCAGUUACAGCAAAUUUUAUAUUACCCGGAAAUCAUACAUAUGCAAAACAAUUAUCCGCUCACAUUGAAUUGUUCUUAGACGAAGAAAUAUACUUUUACAAUUAUUUUGUUAUGAUACUAAUUACAUGUUAUACGGCACAAGUAUUAAUUUCAAGUUGGGGAAUAAUUUACGUAUCGUCAGCCGCCUACCUGGUAGCCAAAUUUAGAUUUAUGGGAUUCAAGUUGAAACAAAUCUUGAUUUUGUCUGAAGGAGAGGAUUUUUUGGAAAAAAAUGAUGAAAUUUUUAAACACGUCUCUCAACUAGUUCAAUUACAUCAAUAUUGUAUCAAUUACUGUGAUGUAUUAAAUUCAAUUACUAGUCGUAUGUUCGGCUUGGGAACAUUGCACACGAUCAUGGCCUUCGUCAUUUCUGGAUAUGUGAUUGUAAUGGAAUAUGAACGAGAUAAAAAUUUAGCUCUGAAAAUGUUCUUUGUAUACAUCUUGUGCUCAGAGUUUUUAUUGGUGACGAGUCAUCCUUCGCAGAUGAUUUUUAAUUCUAGCGGUGAUAUUUUUGAAACGUGUUAUUCUACUGAUUGGUAUAAAUACUCAAUAAAAACUAGAAAAAUGAUUCAUCUAAUUCUGAUUAGGUCAAGUAGACCUUCCUGUAUGAAAAUUGGACCAAGCAAAUAUUCUAAUUAUGAAACGAGUGGUCAGCUCAUACGAUUAUCUUUAUCUUACAUUGUUUCGCUGAUGUCUAUCAAUGAACAGUAA